AUGCCGGCGCUGCCAGAAGAUAUGGUGGCCGAGAUUCUGAGCUGGUUGCCGGUGGAAUCAUUACUGAGAUUCAACUGCGUCUGCAAGGAGUGGCGCCAACUCAUCCAACAAGAUGACUUCGUCCAAAAGCAUCACCGCCGCGCCAGCAUGUGUUUCUACUAUCAUCAAAAAUACAUAAAUCAACCCAUUCCCUUUCCUCGACUGAUCCGUAAGGAUGCGGAAUUCACGUGUAUUGAUAUACAGAAAGGGUUACUGUUAGAGCACGAGCACCAGUGUCAAAAAGAUCACACGGAAAGGCUUAGCAUAAAGAAUCCGGUGACUAGGAAAACGGUAUACCUGCCGGAUCUCCGGGUCGGCAAUGAACUUCCGACUUGGGUGGUGGCCAGAAUGUUCUUCGUGGCAAAAAGCUGUAAGGAGUGCAAGGUGCUAAGUUUCUCGGAGUCGGAAGAAUCAGUUUUUCUCGGACGAUUUAGAGCAGUAACCGGGGGCGUGGAUGCAGCGUGGAGACCUCUCAAGAAUUCCCCACCCAACUCCGUAUACUCCAUUAGCAAAGCCGGUCAGGAGCUGAAGAUAUACGCUCUAAGUAUUGAAAAUAUUUUCUAUGUCGUCACAAUGGAGACCGACAGCAAGAAAAUUCUGUGGGUGGACCCAGAGGACGAGAGCAUUAAAACUGCUGAAAUCCCAGAAAAUCUCUUCUCAAAUUGGAGGUAUGUGAUUCCAAGAGAAUGGAAUUCAAAGCUGUCUCUUUUCUACAAUUCUAAGGGAGUUAAAAUCAAGAUAUGGGUUCUCAUGAAUAACAACAAGAACGAGUGGGCUAAAACCCAGACGGUGGAUGUUGCAAAUUUUACCGUGGAUUAUCCAAUCCCGUUCAUCACAGAGGAAAAGAAAAUAUGGACCGCGGGGAUUAACGGGAAACGGUGGGGGCUACAUGUGCCAUGGCAUAGUAUGAAGGAGGAACUAAACGUUAAACCCACAGUUUUGCAGCUAAAAGGAAUGCAAUCGGACAAGGUUGAAGAAGCAAUCGGCGCACGUUUUUGGAAGGUAAGAGAUUUGCCAAAGACCACCUCGCAAAUUAUUUCUGUAAUUUCGCUUGAACGUCUGAUGUGA